AUGUCGUCCGGCGUAAUCUCCAUCGAAUACCGCGGCCGCGUCGCCGUCAUCACCAUCGCCAACGAGAAGAAGCUCGGCGCGAUGAACCAAGCGCAGUACUUUGAGCUGUCGCAGGCGCUGAGGGAGGUGGCGAAGCAUGACGAGGUGUUUGUCACGGUUCUACUCGGCAAGGGCCGUUUCUUUUCAGCAGGCGCAGAUGUCACCAUUGGCAGAACAAGCCCCAGCGACCCCGACGAAGCUCGCAAGCAGUGGCUCCAGACAUUCGUCGCCUUCAACCUCAACAUCACAGAGGCCUUUGCCUCGCACCCCAAGAUCCUCGUCGUCGGCCUCAACGGCCCCGUCGUCGGCCUCACCGCCGCCAUCGUCUCCCACGCCGACUUCAUCUACUGCGCGCCGCACACCUUCCUCCUCACUCCCUUUUCGUCCCUGGGCUUAGUCGCCGAGGGAGGCUCCUCGCGCGCGUUGGUUACGCGGCUCGGCCCUGCGAGGGCGAACGAGGCGCUCAUCAUGAGCAAGAGGAUCACGAGCGCGGAGCUGGAGCGGUGCGGCUUCGUCAACAAGAUCUUUGAGGAGGUGAAGCAGGGCGAGGACGUAAAGUUUAGAGAGCUGCUGCUUAAGGAGGUGGACGAGAGGUUGGGGGAGCAUCUUGUUGGCGAUAGCCUGGUGGGCAUCAAGAAGCUGAUUCGGGGACCGGAGCAGAAUGUUGUAAACUUGAGCAACUUCAACGAAGUGUUUGCUGGCCUGGAGAGGUUCGUUACGGGAGUCCCGCAGGAGGAGUUUAGGAAGAUUGCAAGCGGCGAGAAGAGGCACAAGCUGUAA